UCUUCGGCGUCGACCGCAUUCCACGAUCUCGUUCAUCCCUCACUAGCGCCCGACCGCCGUUAUCGCAUUCCAGCGCUGCUGCGCGCUCCAGCUAGCCACGCCGUCGCUCCACGGGAGGACGGGAGGUGGAAUAAAGAACCCACGAGUUUAGGAAUCCAAGACUCGUCGGAGGAAUGGAAACAGCAAGAUUUCAGAUAGGGUGGUAUCGGUUCAUACCGUUCCUAGGAUACCACCAUGUGUUGAUGAUUUUAAUAGCAGUCUCCAUCAUAUUAUUAUCACUUUUAUUAGCAGGUUGCUCGUCUUCCUCACCACUAAUACCCGACAUCUUCCUUCUAUCUAUCUACUACAAACACUACACAGCCGUCCCCAGCACGGCCCAAGUCGAUUACAAUGUCAACCAAGCCAUCAGCAACAUCGUCGGGUCCGCCCACUUACAGGUCCGCGUCGGCUACUUCGGUAUAUGUAUCAACACGGACGGCGGCUCCUGGCUGUGCAAUAACAAUGCGACAGCGCUAGCCAACGACCUCUCAGUUGAUCAGGACCCGUUGAAUCUCGUCUGGCUGGCCGGCCAGUUCAAGGACAUGAUCGUGUUCCCAUACCUGCUCAUCAUCGCCAUCAUCUUCGCCUUCGUCUGCUUCCUAUUACUAGCCACCUUCCCCGGCUGGCAUGAAGAGGAGGACAGCGAGGGCUCAGAGCGCGAGAUCAAGCCCUUCCCCAGUCGGCCCGUGUCGCAAAUCGCCCUGGCCAUCAUCUUCAUCGCCUCUAUCUUCGUCUUGGUCUCCGUGUUAUGGCAGCACACGGCGUCCGUAGCCGCCUCCAUCAUAGCGCAGGACUUCGGCAACGGGAGUGUCAAGUCGGGGGUUGGUACCAGCGCCAUUGUUAUGGGUUGGUUCAGCUUUGCUCUGCUCAUUAUCGUCACCAUCGGCUUAUUAGUCAUGAUAUUGAGUAUCAGGGUACUCACGCAGCUGGCUGAUUGAUGACGACCCGGAACAUAUAAUGUGUGGAAAAUAUUAAAGUGAAUGCGGCAUUGUUGAGGCCGCAGGUGUUGUGUAUAUGGUAUCGACUGAAAGUACAUGAGAGAGGAUUCUCGAUCAGCAUCUGGGAACGGAGUUAAGAAAGAAUGGUUUGGUUUGGUCUGGUUUAGCUGUUUUUUCGAGGUUAUA